UCUUAUUUCGUUAAAUAUGCGUUAAAAAAAAUUAAAUAAAAAUAAAAACUUUAAAUAAACUUAAAUUUUGAAAAAAAAAAACAAUAAAUUUUUUUUUGUAAAAUGGCCAUUUUAAGCAUAUUUCAAGAUGUUUACAAUCAUAUUUACAAUUAUGUGUUUACGAAGAAUGUCCAUAAAAAACCCAACUUGGGAGAAGAUUUACGUUUAGUAAUGCAAAGUUCUGAAUUCGAAAAACAACUACGUUCUUCAUCUCCUUUCCUGAUCACAGGUCUAAUAGCUUGGCCUUCAUAUUGGUUGUAUAGAGGUCUAGAAUGGCAUAGUGUUCGAGAUGUGGAAACUUUGCCUUCGUAUAUAAGAAAAACUUUUUAUCGUGCGAAAAUUUUGGAAUUUUGUAUUUUACUAACCGGCAUUUUAAUGACUAUACGUUCAUCACAUAAAGCCUUAACGAGACAGCUCGAAGUCAAGGAAAUGGUGCAGAAAAAAUAAAAGAAAAUUUUGUAGUGUUUUGUUUUGACUUAUAAAAGAAUUUGUAUUUUUUAAAGAAAGGAUUUAGGAU